UGGAAAGAAGGGGAAAAACUUGCGGGGCAUAAUUGGAUCGAGAAAAACUGUCGCGCUGAAAGGAGGAAGAAAGGAAAGAAAGCGCAGAGAAGAAGAGCAUUCGUGAAGGUGCCUUUCUUGCUCAGUGUAAUCAGAGGUCAAUCAACUGUAUCGUCUGCAAUUUGGCUCUGGAAAAUGACGGGAGGUAAAGGACGUGUAAGAUGGGAUGAAGAUAAUCUGGGGGAGAUUGAGGCUAAUAAACCUGUGAGGCAAAAAAUUACUGAGCCUAAGACACCAUAUCACCCCAUGAUUGAUGAUGAUGGCACUUUAUCUCCUGCUAAGGAUAGCUUUGAUGAGCCCGUUGAUGACGUUAUGCAUGCUGAGGAAUUGCGAACGGCAUUACACACUGUGGCUUCUUCAUCGAGCGGAAACUCCAGCAGACGAUCUACUGGCUGGACAUCAUCCGAAGAUGAAGCUGACCUUAUGGAACAAGAUGAUGAAGAUAACGAAACGGACAGGAAAGCUUAUUUCAGGGAGCUUAGAAGAGCACACUACGACGAGUUCCGGAAAGUGAAAGAACUCAGGCGCAAGGGCUCGUUGUUGGAGGACGAGGAGGCUGAAGAAAAUGGCCAUGCCAAGGAGAACAACGGAGGACGCUCCAGUUCAACAGCAUCAGUAACCGCUGGUGUGAGGAACAUCGACAUUGAAGGAGAUGCUUCAACUUCAUCUCGCCCUCAAGCUAAUGGAUCGUCUUAA